AUGGGUUCAAAAAAAAAAAGAAGAAAUAAGCAACAGCAAAGAGUUAAAAGUCCGCCUACCUUGUUCAAUUCUGAAGGCAAUAGCAAUAAUAUUUGUAAUGAAAAGUCUGAACCAUUAGAAGAAAUUCAUAAAACUGGCUUUAAAAUCCUUCCCAUUGAAAUUGAAUCAAAUUCUAAUCAAGAUAAUUUAUCCGCAAAUUCUUUAUCAAUUAAACGUAAUCCACUUGUUUCAAUUCAUUAUUGCUAUUUUAAAGGUCACGAUUCACGAAUAAAUAUACAGGAUAAUUCGACAAUUCUCCCAGCGGAAAGAACACUUUUCAUUACAAAUUUACCAGUAGACACAACAGAACAUCAUAUUAAGCACAUAUUUGAAGAAUGUGGCAUAAUUGACCGAAUUUCAUUUCAUGGAGUAUUAAAGGAUAAUGAAUUUUCAGCGAGUGUGAUCAAUGCUGAUAACGAUGAUGAAUCAAUUAUAAGGGAGAAUAAAACGCAAGGAAAAAAAUCUAAGAAAAAGCAAAAACAUAAAUUUAAUGAAACAGUUGAAAAUUCA